AUGGGGGUGCAGGGUACAACCCACAUCUACAAACGCACUACCAGAGCAUCUUCGAAUCUGCGACCCAGCUGUGGAGUGGAGACUUUUGAGUCGUCUCAUAGGGCAUUCACAACAACGUUCCCACGUGGGUUCGCUAUAGAGAUUUUGAAUGUCUACUGUGGUCCUCCACAGAUUGUCUGCAAGUUCCGGCAUUGGGGUUACAUGGAAGGUCCAUUCAUGGGCCAUGCUCUUACCGGAGACCUCAUCGAACUCUUUGGCAUAACUAUUAUUGAGAUGAAUGAAAACAACAAACUUUCUAAGAUAGAGUUUUUCUAUGAUCGCGGAGAGCUUCUUGGGAAACUUGUGAAAGGAGAGAAAGUUGAAGCUAAGGAUGGAGAGGUUGCCUCAACCUGCCCUAUCAUGAGGAGCACUGGCUAG